AUGCCCCCCAAAAACAAAGGCAAAGGCAAAGACAAAGACACCUCCGACUCCAGCGCUGGCGGUAAAAGCGGGUCCAGCAAGUUGAAGCCAGCAACCAGCAUCAACGUGCGCCACAUCCUGUGCGAAAAGCACAGCAAGAAAGAGGAGGCGCUGGAGAAGCUGCGGAAUGGGGCGAAGUUCGAUGAGGUGGCGAGGGAGAUGAGUGAGGAUAAGGCGAGGCAGGGCGGUUCCCUGGGCUGGAAAAUUCGUGGCUCCUUGUUUCAGGAGUUCGAGAAGGUCGCGUAUGACUUGGAACCUAGUACGACUGGGGCGCCGAAGAUUGGCGAGGUUAGGACGAGUGAGGGGUAUCAUAUUAUUAUGGUUGAGGGGAGGAAGUGA